AUUGCGUCGUCUUCCGUCGGUCUGUUGUGUCCUCUUCUUUAUCUUGGUGAAAUGGGCUCUCAGCCUUGCUAAAUUGUUAUACUGUGGGAGAGGAGGUGCAGAUAGCUGAGUACUGAUACAUAAUGAACGUGACUUUUCCGGUGCGGGGGGCGCUUGUGCCCAAGAAGCAUGCAAUCAGUGAUGAUUACACAUUAUCCAGCAAUGUCCUUGGACUUGGAAUAAAUGGAAAAGUUCUGGAAUGUAUCCACAAGGCAACAGGGAAGAAAUAUGCACUUAAGAUUUUGCGCGACAACCCCAAGUCGCGGCGCGAGGUGGACAUCCACUGGCGCGCCUCGGCCUGCCCACACAUUGUCAACAUCCACGAGGUGUACGAGAACAUGCAGGGCACUAACCGGUGUCUGCUCAUCGUCAUGGAGUGCAUGGAGGGUGGUGAGCUGUUCCAGCGCAUUCAAGACAGGCCCAGCGGCGCGUUCACAGAGAGAGAGGCGGCCGAGGUCGUGCACUCCAUCUGUCUGGCCGUGUACCACCUGCACUCGGUCAACAUCGCGCACCGGGACCUCAAGCCGGAGAACCUGCUGUAUACCACCAAAGGCGAGGCCGGCGUGCUGAAGCUGACCGACUUCGGCUUCGCCAAGGAGAUCUUGGCGCGUGACUCACUGCAGACGCCGUGCUACACGCCCUACUACGUAGCGCCGGAGGUGCUGGGACCCGAGAAGUACGAUCGCAUGUGCGACAUCUGGAGCCUGGGCGUCAUCAUGUACAUCCUACUGUGCGGCUUCCCGCCGUUCUACAGUAACCACGGCCUGGCCAUCUCGCCGGGCAUGAAGCGACGGAUCCGCGCCGGCGAGUACGACUUCCCCAACCCCGAGUGGCGUAACGUCAGCAAGGAGGCCAAGGAGCUGAUCCGCGACAUGCUCAAGACCAACCCGCAGCACCGGCCGACCAUCGAGCAGGUCAUGCGCCACCAGUGGAUCGCGAAAUACGCGGAGGUGCCGCAGACGCCGCUGUGCACGGCCCAGGUGCUGAAGGAGGAGGAGGACCAGUGGCCUGAGGUGCAGGACGAAAUGACGCGCUCGCUCGCCACCAUGCGGGUCGACUACGACCAGAUCAGCCUGAAGAGCAUCGCCAACUCGGAGAACUCGCUGCUGCAGAAGCGACGCAACCGAGCGGGCGGCGCCGACGCGGCCCAGAGCCAGCCUCAGCCCAUGCAGAUGUGAGGGGGCCCGGCGGCUCUGGCUGCGGCCGUCGCGUCGUCGGCCGACCGCUCGCCGCUCGGCCUCCCGGUCUUAUUUUUCGAUAUCAUUUUACGACGACGAGCGUUAGAAAUCAUCGUUCUUACUUCUCGCCUCGCGCUCUCUGGCCGUGUUCGAAAAGCUGAUUUCCCAGCUGGCGACGGAGCCGUCGCCCUCUGUUGGGGAAAGACUGCGUCUGCCCUGUCGACGGGAACCACCGGCGUCGGAAGCCAGCGGUUAGCGCCUCGACCGUGGCGCACUGGACGGCGGGAUGGACAGUCGCUUCGCGCGUAGUGGCCGCUGUCGCGUGCCGGCAGGGCCGAGCGGUGGGUCGACCACCUUCCUGGCCUCAGGGGGCGCGAGUGCGAAGCAAACUCGGGUACUAGUGAGGUGGAUAGGGAUCGGAGCGAAUGCGAUACGAUGGGCGGACGGGCAUGGUGGCCAGACGUGUAUGGGUGGCGUAAAAUGGCGUGUGGAUGGGGCGUAACCUCGCGCGGCCGACCCAGGUCGCGUCCGGUGCGGCUCCUGGCCGUCCGCGGCUGUUGUCUGCGGCAAUGCUGUAUGUAUUCUGGAUGUCGCCCGGCGCAUCGUCUCAAGAGCGGUUGCACUUCCGAAUGUGGUGCAGCGCACGUCCGUAUCGUAGCGAAUGCGCGAGUGGGUGUGGCCAACGGAAGGAUAAGGGUGUACGCCACCGGUCUCUCACGCGGCUGGAGGUCGAUAGUAGCGUUGGUUUCAGUGUUGGGGCGUCGACCACCCGGUCAGCCGACGCCGCCCACGGAGCGCCAUCUGUCGUGCACCAUUCCCACCGUGUCUCUUAACUGGCUCGCUGGUGGACCACUGUUUUAUCUGUUGAGUUUAACCCCCUGGGGGAUGCCGCCGCUGGCAUUAUCUUGUCCGGGCUCGCUCGUGCUGUGCCGGUGUCCCGGCGAUGCACCCUGGUCAGGCCGCCCGCCGCGAUACGCUGGCGUGCCCCGCUCCCUGGGCGACGGCCGCCACGUCCCACGCGACUCGCGUUACCUUGCGUUCCUCGCAGCGUUCUGGGAUGCGGGCGAGCUGAGGCGCCGGCCCCAGCGACGUAGACACGGACCGUGCGCCCCUCGCGGCGCUCUGAUGCCGGCGCGCCGGGGCAGACUGAGGCGCCGAUCCAAGCGAGGCGGACACGGACCGUGCGCCCCUCGCGGCGCUCUGAUGCCGGCGCGCCG